GCGGCCGUCAUCCAGCAAAAAGGCGAGUGUGCGCGUAAAGUUGGUUCGAGAUGAUCGCGGUUCGUUCCUCGAAUACGAUAACACGCGCGGGAAUAUACCUGUUCGAGUCGGGAAUUGGCGGAAAAUGAGAGAGAUAAUUUUAUCCCCGUCCCCGUUCGCCUGUGUAAUCGCGACGUUUCACCAACGACGACGAAUGUGGAUCGACGAUCGGGAAAAAUCGAGGAGGCAACGCGCCGACGUCAUGUUCCUAUCCGGCGUGCAACCAAAUCACAGCCAAAAAGCCCGGCGGAUACUGGAGGACAGCUGGCAGGUAAAGGGCAGUACCUGUGAACAACUGUCACCUGUACAGGUGAACAACUACAGCAUCGUCGCCUCGAGGGGAGAGCUCGCGCGAAAUAACUGCGCGGCGAGAGAGUGCAUCGUGAAGGGCAAGGACGUCGCAGGAUCCGGCAGGACUUUACGGCCUAUUCGCAAGUCCCUUUCUGUCCCCAACUGCUUCAGAGAAGGUGUUUCGACGGCGCAGAAAACCGGACGAAGAGCAGCGGAGGAAAGCAUUCUGAAAAGGUCUUCCGCGUUUCUGGCGAGUCUCGCCCAUUCUACGAAUAGAAUCAGAGAGAAGAGAGCAAACGAUAACGAUCGCACGGAGAGCGGUCCCUCCAGUCUUCGACGGUCGCCGAGCGUUCAAACGUUGCCAAUCGAGCGAAAGCAAAAGAGCGGAGCUCGCGUGAAGAAAUCGGUGUCCUUCAGCUCGGACACAAGUUUCGAGGAGAAACGCGCACCUUACAGAAAAGUCGCUGUUCACGAGGUCAAGGUCUACCGCAAGGGUGUUUUGCAAGAUCGCAGUGCCCGCGAGGCUAGUAUCGUCGGAAAAGUGCCGUCCUCGUGGGAAGCCACCUCCGAGGGCCGAUCGGCCCUUCUGAGGGCAGCCAGAGAUGCGGACGAUGGUGCGCUCAACGAAAUCGCGGCUCACUUUCGAAAAUUUGGGUUCGGAGAUGUGGACGUCAAUAUGGCCGAUAGCAGCGGCAGGACCGCCGUAAGCUACACGGCCGGCAACGGUGCCUCGACGAUGUUGGAGAUGGCUCUGUCGUUCCAAGGGGUGGAUCCGAAUAUUCCGGACAACGAGGGCAACACGCCUCUCCAUUUUGCCGCGCAGGCGGGACAAACCGAUUGCCUCAACGUCCUCCUUCAAAACUGCCCGGACAUCGAAGUGGACGCUAGAAACGCGUCGGGCUUCACUCCGUUGAUGAAAGCGGCACUCCAAGGAAGAACGAAAUGCGCGAAAAUUCUGUUAUUUGCCGGCGCGAAUCCAACCUUGAGAGAUCACGGGAGAGGACUGAGAGCGGAACAGUGGGCGAGAUUUUGCGGAAGGUACGUAUGCGCCGAAGUGAUCGAGAGGUUCGCUAGGCAUCGACUCUUAGAGAGAUCGACUUCCUGUCGGUGGGGUAGCGAACCCGAACUGGCGGCUAAAGUAUUGCAAGGAAAGCUGAUACCCGUCCCAACCACGCCGCUGUUGCCAUCCUCUUCGGGAUUCAAGUCGAAGAUAAGAAAGGUGUUUCGCACAACCUCCGGACCGGAUCGAACUUUCUCCUUGGUCUCGCAGCUAACCAGUGCUGCCCUUUGCGCGAGCAGUCCCGCUUUACCAAAAUCCACCCAAGUACCACCUGUAGUUAAAAGUCUUCUGCGACCGUUGAGCGUUCCGCAAUUAAGGGUCACGCUAGUCUCGCCGCAAGAUUUUAUCGAACAAUCGAACGACAAGUACGGGUCAAAUUUCACGGAAAAGAUCGAAAAUACGACUACCAAGCCGUCACGAUCCAAGAAGAAAAACAAAUAAAUCGGCAGAUUCUGCUACAGAUCCCAUCGAUUCGCGUAAUUUCCGCUACCGUUCUUCCGCACAAAUUCUUAACGUUUCCCGCGGCUUAUCUUCAUCCUGAUGUUCGGUAGAUUGAAAUACCGUCCCGAGGGGUGUAAACGCGCGUAGCAGCGAUGAGGAAACAGCAGAACUCUCGAGACGAAAGUCGCAAACACCAAAGAGUCAAUUAGACCUGUCUGUGAGAUAAAUAGUUUUAAAACGAUUCCAAACGGUUCGUUCUACGGUUUUUAACUUUACAACACUCGAGCGUGUAGGAGAGUAAGGCGAUAUUUUGUAACUACGCAAC